AUGAAUAGAGUAGUGAUCGUGGGAGCAGGCCUCUACGGGCUGAUUGCAGCAAAGACGUACCUCCAAGUGACAGGUGCCUACGAAGACACAGGAGCAAGCGAACCAAACAACUUGGCUGAACUCCCGGCAUCUUUUACAGAACAGAAUUCGUCCACCCAAGACACCCAGUGCCAGCUUCUCGUGAUUGACUCGGCGUCGGAUGUUGGAGGUACCUGGGCCGAGGAACGUCUUUAUCCAAACUUACUGAGCCAAAACUCGUACGGGCUGUAUGAGUUUAGCGACCUUCCUCUGGCAGAGGUAGUCCCGGAAGACGAGAGUAAGGCCGGUGAUACCAAACAACAAUUUAUUGCCGGUUGGAAGAUCAGACGCUAUUUGCGGACGUGGGUCGCCAAGUGGAAACUGGACAGACACAUACGAUUGAAUUGGACCGUCGAGAGUGUGAGCCGCCUAGAAAGCAAAGAAUGGAAGUUGAUCAUCCGUCUCCCCACGACACCGACUCGUCAUAUCACUGUGAUUUGUGACAAGUUGGUUUUGGCAACUGGGCUGACCUCAGUACCAAACCUGCCUGAUCUCCAAGAAUCCCAAAGCGCCACUGACCAUGUAACCCCCGUGAUCCACGCCAAGGAUGUGGGAGGAUGGGCUCGAAGACAGCUUGGGUAUCAACCACUGGAGCCACUCAAGGCUCCGGCUGACGAUGUUUCGAAUGAUGAAGAUGCCUUCCCGCAACUGCGUUCCGUAGCCAUCUAUGGCGGUGCGAAAUCAUCGUUUGACUUGGUGCAUUUCUUUGCGACCCUUCACCGAAACGACCCGAAGCUGCACCUCAAGUCGAAACAGAACAGCCCAGUCCAGGUGAAUUGGAUCAUCCGCGAUCGCGGGGCAGGAGUUGCGUGGAUGGUGCCACCAACGUCUACCCUACCGAAUGGAGACACGGUUCCGAGUGACAAGGCAGCAAGCACGCGGCUGCUCACCUAUUUGACCCCCUGCUGUUAUAUGAUCCCUAAACGCCUCUCCCGUGACGGGUCGUGGAAUUUGCGAUGGGAGGGAUCGUGGCUGAUUCGGCUGUUCCAUGGAAAUCCAUUCGGUCGUUGGUGGGUUAGGUGGUUCUGGCAGUCUGUGGAUCGGGCCCUGGAAGAGUCGGCGCAAUAUGGAUCGAAUGCGAAGAUGGAGCUGCUUCGCCCAGAGAAUAGUGUGGUUUCAUGCGCUUCUGGUAUUGGGAUCGCUAACCAGGCAGACCUUUGGGAAGCAAUACGACUACCCCAUGUCAAUGUCUACCGAUCAUCCAUCGCAAGAAUCACGGCAUCUCAGGAUGAGACCACCAUAUCGCCAACCAGAGGCGCCAAGGUACAAUUGGCUGACGGUACUUGUAUCGAAUCAGUCGACCUGGUCAUCCAUGCUACCGGAUAUAAGCCGAUCGUUCCAAUUAAAUUUGAACCGGUUUCCCUCCGUCUGCUUCUGGGACUUUCUGCUCUGGUCGACGGCGAGAACCAAGGCUCGGGCGCGAAGACCCAAGCCUCGCCUCUAUCGCCGGAAAGAAUUCCCGGGUCGCUAGAACCCAGCAUUCAAGACCGCAUAGAGCACUGGGAGGAUAUAGAUCGGCGGUCGGAUAUCAAAGUUCGAGAAACUUUGAGCGCUACUCGAUGCCCUCUCAAGGAUCGCAGCCCCCCUUCAUGGGCGGAAUCCGACAAAUUGAUCCCGUAUCGUCUGUUCCGAAGGAUGGUGGCCCCUGAGCUAGUCGCUCAAGGCGACCGGUCAUUUGCCACGCUUGGUGUGAUAUUAUCAUCCACAAUUGCGGUCAUUGCUGAGGUCCAAGCUCUUUGGGUCACGGCCUUUUUGACAGGAAGUUUGGACACCGAUGCUUUGAAAACCAACCCGGAUGGAACUCUCUCCUUGGCAACAAUUUCACCAGAAGCGAUGGAGCAUGCAAUAUCCGAGGAUGUGGUGCUUGAAAUCCAAGCAGUACAGCGCGAAGCUAGCGAUGCCACAGACGUGCCGUCCUGGGAGCCAACCGAGGAGCAACCGGCACUGAGUGAUAAGGAUGAGUCGGCAGUAGCCGGUCUACUAGCUCUGGGAAUGAAUGAGUCCUCUAUGGAUUUGUCAGAUUUCUCUAUCGUUAAGCCUUCAUUGCCAGCACUACCCCAGGCCUUCUCUCCGCGUGUCCAGGACGAGACCUCAUCCACCGAAACCCAAGCGCUAUUGCGACACUAUCGCUAUGAGAUAGCUCCAUGGGUCGAAACCUCUUAUAACCUCCUCAAUCCACGGAGCCCAUUGCGGAGGCAAAUCAUCCAACCGCCUACAGAUAUGCUGGCAGAUAUAACGCAGACUGCGCUGGUAGCUGCGUUGGACCAAGUGAGGGACUGGGUCUCAAACGUCUCGGCUGCUUGGACUUCGAGGACGCCAUGUGACCAAAAACUUUUAAGCGCGGUGAGCUCACACGCCGUCGGAAGGGAUCUCAACUCCGCGAUGUACUGGUUAUUCCUCCGGCUGGCUACUGACGGUGACACACGCGUGCCACUUCCAUCUGCGUUUCCAUAUUUGACGGAGGUAGACAUGGUGGCUGAUCCAUUCGAAAUGGUUUUCUACUACGCAUAUCGCCCACUUUGGCUCUCUGCGAGAGCAGUCCAGUUCGUGCACAGCGAGGAGGUCUCGCCAGACCGGCCUCCGCUCCAAGUGUGGAUGGGGCUAGUAGAAGAACUGGAGCAGUGGUACCGAGAGCGACCGCAAGGAUUUCAGCCCAUGCUCGAGCUGGAUAUGGAUCAUCAGUUGGCUGGCCCCGAGAUGACCCUCCCAGUGGUUCUAUUUGCGAACGGAGCAGGGCUGUUUGGGAACCAGCUGUACCAUACAGCCAUGUUGAUCUUACUCCACAACCGACCGAGGACGGCACGGAUGGGAGAUUUCCACUCUUUUGCAAUGUCGCCUUUAUGGCACGCGCAGCGGAUCUGCAGCAUUGCACUCCACAACGAUAGACGAGAGUGCUGGGACCCUUGUCUUCUGGCAUCGUUUUUGAUGGCGGCACGUCGAAUGACCCAUGAAUCUCAACAGCGAGUAGUGAUUCGAGCAUUCGAGCGCAUUCGCAUAGUGACAGGAUGGGACACAAGUGGUUGCUUGCACAAGCUACAAGCGGAAUGGUGUUUGCUCGACGGGACGUAA